ACUGCGUACAACGCGGAAACGGUGCUAGCCACGGUGCAGAAAGCGGAAACUCUAAAGCGACGCGCCAGCAGAAGGUGAGCGGCGUCGACCUCGGCAGGAUGUCGCGAGAGUUCGACAUCGUCCUCUUCGGCGCCACGGGCGUGACGGGCAUCUACGUGGUCGAGGAGCUGCACCGUUCUUCCGAGGGCCUGCGCUGGGGCGUCGCCGGCAGGAACGUCGACAAACUGCGUAGUACACUGCGCACAGCCGCCAAGAACCUCGGCCUGGAAGAGGGUGCCCUGGACAACGUGCCCGUGAUCGUGGCUGAUGUGGCGAACGAGGAGUCCCUGCUGGAUAUGGCCAAGCGGACGCGCUUGGUGCUCAACACAGUCGGUCCGUACCGUUUCUUUGGACGCCAAGUGGUAAAGGCCUGCAUUGACAGUGGCACCCAUCACAUUGAUGUCAGUGGAGAACCGCAAUACCUUGAGCGAAUGCAAAUGGAGUUCUACGAUGAAGCCCGCGAGAAGGGCAUCGUGGUUCUGGGCUCUUGUGGCUUUGACAGCAUUCCUGCCGAGAUUUGCCUCAUGUACAUGCGGGAGCACUUUGAAGGUGACCUGGACCAAGUGGAAUCGUUCGUGUUCAUGAAGAAAGGUCCAUUGGGCAUGAAGAUCAACUACGGCACCUGGCAGAGUGCCAUGUACGGGCUGGCGCAUGCGUCCGAGCUUGUCGAUCUGCGCCGUCAGGCUCGCGAGAAGCUCUUCACCAAGCCACUUCCCCCACGCCAUACACGUCUGGAUCGCAGGAAUGCCCUGUUUUGGAGUGACGUGGCCCAGGGGUGGUGCCUGCCAUUCCUGGGAAGUGACCGGUCUGUCAUGAUCCACAGCGAGAUGUUCCGGCACCAGUUUUGCGGCACCAAGCCGGUGCAAAUCCAGACAUAUCUGCGGGUUCCAGGAUUUUUUUCUGGUGUGGGGCUUGUCAUUGUGGCAGCCAUGUUUGGCCUGCUGAGUAUGUGCAGUUGUGGCCGCUGGUUGCUCGAGAAGUUCCCGGGCUUCUUCUCAGCCGGCAUGGUAAAGCAUGGUGGCCCUACCAGGGAGCAGGCCAUGGGUUGCUCAUUUGUGAUGACCAUGCGUGGCCGUGGCUGGAGAGAGAAGCUGGCUGAGACGAGUGACCGCCACGGGGGACAGAUGGACCGUGCGGUCACCAUUCGGCUGGACGGACCAGACCCGGCAUAUGUGACGACAGCCAUGUGCAUGGUGCAAGUGGCACUGGUGGUGCUGAAGGAGAAGGAGAUGAUGAUUGUCAAGGGCGGUGUCCUCAGCCCUGGUGUGGCUCUCGAUGGGACGUCGUACAUGGAGAGGGUCCUGAAGCGGGGCUUCCGCAUAGCUGUACUCUCCGAACAAGACUGAAGAGCAUCUCACGGCAUGGAGGGACCAUCUUCAAAAGCUUCAAGAGGAGGCUCUUGACAUUGCACUUUAUCAUCACGAAGUCUCGCUGGUGAUAACCACCACCUCUGUAAUGCAGAAUGCCCUAGCAUAAAGGCACACAAUCAUAUUUGUGGCCCAGGUGGAAUUUACAAGGUUCAUGUGUUCUAACUCCUUCUAUUAAAUGCUCACACUGCACAGUGCUGCAUAACAAUAAACUUGGGUUCGUGUGUUCA